UGCGUACAAAGUCUCGAACAGGUAUGAGUGAGGUGAAGUAGUGAGGGAGAAGAUGACCAUCAAUGCGCAGCAUGUACGAGAUAGGAUAGCACGCGAGCAGCUGGGCGCAGUUAAGUAGCUGCUCUGUCCUCCUCGUACUCUGCUGUGUACCGCAUCUCAAUGACCUCCUCUCCAACUCCCAAGCCACAUCUCCAACCCAUUGUGUCUACAACAUACAGACACCCAGUCAGUCAGCAUUCCAGCAUGCCCGCAACUCAAACUCCAGGACUCAACUUCCGUCCACCGUCGACAGCGGCGGCGGCGGCGGCUGCUGCUGCUGCUGCAGCUGCAGCUGGCCCAAACACCUUCGAAUCUCCUCACGUCUCCUUCCUACAGGGGACAUGGAAUGUCACCCACUCGACGCUUCCCAUGUGGAAGAACAACCGCAAUGUGACAAUCACCUACACGUCGCUGCCCCAGAACGCCGAGCACCUCGAUGACUUGGUCGAAUACCAGCCCCUGACCUCGGACAAGCACAAGCGCGUCGAAGGUAUCGACACCCCGGACGCCCACACCAAGGCCGCAUACAAUUGGCGCGGCAAGGGGCUCUUAAAAGUCGCGUCCAGCCACUGGGAGAUUCUAGGAUAUGGCGAAGAGGAGGGCGGCUGGGUUGUCACGUUCUUCCAAAAGACCCUAUUUACACCCGCGGGCAUCGACAUCUACGCUCGUCGCCGGGGCGGCUUGUCCCAGGAAUUGCUAGAGCAGAUCAAGAACGAGAUCCGAGCCAUCAAGCACCACCACAUCCAGAAACUGGCCGAUCUCAUCUUUCCCAUCAAACACAAUUGGUGAAGGGACAAAGGUGGUGUGAUGGCUACGAGAGAUUUUGACGGCUGAUCCUACAAUUCGACCCGUCGAGGUUCUGGUACCAGUCGCCCUCAAGCAGCUCCUCCUCCAUCGCUGCCCAUUUCUGGACCUUUCCUCCCUCAGUCGUCUUCAGAUCCAAGUCCGCAAGUUUGAUGUCUACAACAUCCACUCGGUCACUUGAGUCGGGUCUCCGCUUCAGAGCUAGAAAGACGCUGCAGUCCCUCAACGCCAUGGCCACGCCAAAGUCCUUACCAUCCGGGUUGCGAAAAUCGUCCACUCCCACCGAUCCAUGCUCUUCCUGAAGAGUCUGGAGAUGUCUCAAAGAUGGCUGGACUUUUUCUCUGAACUCUGCCACAAACUUGUGGAUCCCAUUCUCGAGUGGCCAGAUAUUCGCCAGCGUCCGCUCCAACACUGCGUCUUCGUCCGCCAGCAAGUCCAACGGACAGAAGCCCGAGUCACCUCUCCCUUGAUGAGCUCCCGCUUUUCUUCGCAUCGCAUUGAGCGCGCACGUCCUGCAGUUCCUCGCGUCUACAGGCGCGCUGGGACUCUGCACCAGCCAUUUCGGCUUGAACUCGACCAGCCAAUCAAUCCCCGGUCCCUGCAAGUUCUGCAUCAGGAUUCCGUACUGCUCGUUCUCGUACGAGGGCAGGUAGACGUGGCGUCUGUGGUGGUGGCGGAUCUUUUUGCCCUUGACAUCUUCCGCCGAGAGGGCCGAUAAAUCCACGCCGUCAAUCUCCCUCAAUUCGUCGUUCGCCUCGCUCACCAUUGCUGGCGUGAGCUUGUAGAGUGCCUGCUCCAUCAGCAACGACUUGUGCUUCUCGUUGAAAAGCGGCGCGAUGCGGCCCUGAAAGUCGGACAUGGCUUGCACGGCGGCUUUCGUGGAGGGCAGGUCUUUGCGGAGACGCAUGACGCAGCAGUGCGAGUGGUGGAGGAGAGCCGGCGGUGACUGGACGGAGACGCUGUAGAUGAUGUUGGCGGCGCCUUCUGCAAGGUAGUGGAGUUGGAGGCUGGCGGUGAUCAGACUGGAGGGACAUAAUGGGGAGGAUCGGUGAGUUGACAUGGACAUGGUGGAGCGUGUCGGUCUCGCGAGACAAUACUCUCCGGUCGGUUCCAGUGCGAGAGCUGCAGAUGGCGGGGAUGUUAGGCUCGAAGGUACUGAGAAAGGACACCCGUGAAGCCGCCGCCCUUGAUCCUCUGUAUAUAGCGAUGUAAGUCUUUCGCCGGUCUGAUCCAGCAAUAUACCUCCCGUAUAAUGUGCGAGUCUGCCUCGGCCCCGGCCUCACAAUAUCUCCGUCUGUGGAAGGAGGGAUAGAUCUAUCUAUCUAUACAAAGCACGCUAUAAACUCCCG